AUGUCGUGCGGAGGCUCUCGCGCCUCCGUGCAUUUGUGGGACCACCAUCAUCCUCCUUCGCUCGMGUUAGGGUUCUUAGGUGCUAAGGUUUAUCAGCAAUCUUCAUUUGUGCUUAGACUUUCUUCGGCUAGAUUGCAGCAGCACAUCAAGUCUUCGUCUAGGUCUCACUGCAAAACUCCAGGACAAAACCCAGUUCCUCAAGAUUGUUUCAGCCAGGGAGAAGAUGAUUCUGAGCUUCAAGUUGAAGGGCUUUCCCCAGUUUCAGGAGGCAUUGUUGCUCUAGGGAAGUUUGAUGCCCUGCAUAUCGGUCAUCGAGAGCUUGCCAUUCAAGCUGCAAGAGUUGGUACUCCAUAUCUAUUGUCUUUUGUUGGAAUGGCUCAAGUACUCGGUUGGAAACCUAGGGCACCGAUCGUAGCCAAAUGUGAUAGAAAACGGGUGCUUUCCUCUUGGUCAUCGCAUUGUGGGAACAUAGCACCAGUAGAGUUUGAGAUAGACUUUGCCAGCGUUCGACAUCUUAAUCCACAACAGUUUGUGGAGAAAUUGGCAAGAGAGCUCAGAGUCUGCGGAGUUGUGGCAGGUGAAAAUUACCGGUUUGGAUAUAGAGCUUCUGGUGACGCCUCUGAGCUUGUAAGCUUAUGCGAAGAGUACGGUAUCAGCGCUUACAUCAUUAAGUCGGUGAUGGAUAAGAAUCAAGUCUGUGGAAUUGCAGAGACAGAGGAGUACUCAAAGUUGAAGGAAAGAGGACAAGUCUCGUCCACGCGAGUACGCCAUGCUCUUGCUGCAGGAGAUGUGAGGUAUGUAACAGAGCUUCUAGGCAGACCACACAGACUCAUCUCAAGGGCGAGAGCUCAAGAUAUAACAAGCAAAGGUAUGAUCUCGCUUCAGGCAUCGUCGCUGCUGAAUUUACCACCCGGAAAUGGAGUUUACGAAGAAUGUUCGCUUAUAUUUGGUGAUGAUGAGGAGCAUCCAAUUUCGUGUAAAGUUGUUGUGGAUACAUGGAAUCUCCAUAUAGAAACAGGGCAAGUAGAACAACGUCUCUGUAACUCAAAUGGGUCUCAAGAGUUAUUGCUCUUAGGGAUCGAGUUCGGUUGA